AUGGACUGGAGAAUAAAACAAGAGGAACCAGAAACCUGGAGAAUAAAACAGGAGGAACAAGAGUUUAUUGAAGAAAGUGAGGAGAACAAAAAAUGGAGUGAAGUUGAGGAGAACACUCAUGUCAAAACUGGAGAAAAACCUUUGAGUUGCUCUCAAACCAAACAGAAAGAUUUAAAGAAAAGAAGGGCCAGGAAAACUUUCACCUGCACUCGGUGUGGAAAGAGUUUGACAAGCAAACAUAACCUUGAUUUUCACAUGAGAGUUCACACUGGAGAGAAACUGUUCACAUGUGAUCAAUGUGGGAAGAGUUUUGCACGCUUAGCAAACUUUAAGGCUCACAUGAACAUCCACACUGGAGAGAAACAGCACACAUGUGAUCAGUGCGGGAAGUGUUUCACACUAGGAGGAAGGCUUAUGGCACAUAUGAGAGUUCAUACUGGAGAGAAACCGUUCACAUGUAAUCAAUGUGGAAAUAGUUUUGCACACUUAACAACCCUUAAGGGACACAUGAGGAUCCACACUGGAGAAAAACCUUAUAAGUGUGCACACUGUGACAAGAGAUUCAAUCAGUCAACACAUCUGAAAACACAUGAGAGGAUCCACACUGGAGAGAAGCCUUAUAAGUGUCCACACUGCAACAAGAGAUUCAGUGAUUCAGGAGACCUAAAAACACAUGAGAUGUUCCACACUGGAGUUAAACCUUUUAAGUGUUCACACUGUGAUAUGAGAUUUAGACAGUCGUUACAUCUGAAAACACAUGAGAGGAUCCAUACUGAAGAGAAACCUUAUAAGUGUUCACACUGUGACAAGAGAUUCAAUCAUUCAUCAAGUCUGAAAAACCAUGAGAGGAUCCACACUGGAGAGAAAUCUUAUAAGUGUUCACACUGUGACAAGAGAUUCAAUCAUUCAACACAUCUGAAAACACAUGAGAGGACCCACACUGGAGUGAAACCUUAUAAGUGUUCAUACUGUGACAAGAAAUUCAGUCAGUCAGUACAUCUAAAAAUACACGAGAUGAUCCACACCGGAGAGAAACCUUAUAAGUGUUCACACUGUGACAAGAGAUUCAAUCAUUCAACACAUCUGAAAACACAUGAGAGGACCCACACUGGAGUGAAACCUUAUAAGUGUUCAUACUGUGACAAGAAAUUCAGUCAGUCAGUACAUCUGAAAAUACACAAGAUGAUCCACACCGGAGAGAAACCUUAUAAGUGUUCACACUGUGACAAGAGAUUCAGUCAGGCAUCAAAUAUGAAAACACACGAGAGGAUCCACACCGGAGAGAAACCGUAUCACUGCACUGAAUGUGGGAAGCGCUUCAGUCAUUCAUCUGCUCUAAAUAUACAUACAAAAAACUAUCACAGUAAGGCCCAUUACAAACAGAGAUGCGUUUAGCUGUAUAUGUAAAAAGUUUGUAUCAUAUUGGUGUUUACUCUAGACGGAUCCGGCGUUUCGUCAGCAUGAAACUGCUAAUUUUUCUUAACCGGGGUCCCAGAGUGGAUCGAUCUGAAAACAACACCUUUGCAUAUUUGUGUGUAGAGCCAAUCCAUAUAUUUUGUGAAACAAUGAAGUAGGGGUGUGCGAUAUGAUGAUUUCUGAUUGUGGAAAAUAAAAAUAUCUCCACGAUUUGCUUUUGAAGAAAUAUUGUAGUAUCGUGCAUUCUGUCAGCUGCAGUUCUGGUGUCUCUGAUGUGAAUGCAUGUGGUGUUGUACAGUACAGACAGUGUUAACUUGGCAGUAGAGUUACUCUCACAGGUCUCUGCACUUAUUUGCAGACACAAAAAUACAUUAUUUGCAUGUGCUUUAAAGCCUUGCUGGUUAAAUGUUUCAUUCAUGCACUGGUCUGACGUAUGCCUUUUCUGAGCGCCGCAUACACCCGAAGCGUGCGCACCGAAAAGCCUGUCAAACAGCGCAGUGAAAAGGUUUACAAACAGACUCUUGAAUGAAAGUAAGCAGUUGAGAGAAAAACGGAUGCGCGCCUGUAUAUUAGAUGCAUGCAGGUCUUAAAGGGAUGGAACUAAACAUGCAGUUUAAUUUCUGUCAUUAUUUGCUCACUCACGUUGUCCCAAACCUGUAUUCAUUUCUUUCUUAUGCUGAACACAAAAGGAAGAUAUUUUGAAGAAUGUGGGUAACCAAACAUUUGUUGGUCCACGGUGAAUUAGAUCGAAGGAAAAAAAAAAUACUAUGCAAGUCACUGUGGACCAGCAACUGUCUGGUUUUCCACAUUCUUAAAAAACCACUCAUGUUCAGCAGAAGAAAGAAACUUGUUCAGGUUUAAAACAACUUUUGAGUGAGUAAAUGAUGGUAUAAAAAUAAAGCGCUAUGACAGAAUUGACAGAUGACAGAAUUUUUAUUUUUGGGUUAACUAUUCUUUUAAGGGUAAUAAAACAAAGUGCAAAGACAAAAAUCACUCACUAUUCUUGACUUAAAAACAGUUGUAAUACAGUUGCUUUAGGAAUCAGUCUAUAUAGUGUUUUAUUUUUAGAUUUGUUCAUUCAAUUUCUUGAAUGUUCCUGCUAAGUAAUCCUUUUGUACCUGAAAAUAAGCCAUUGUUUGUUUUAUUUUUAGAUUAUGUGUAGUUGUAAUGUGUAUCUGUGAUGGCUGCGUAGCCCACCUCACAUUUAGUCUCUACCAACAUUUAUUUGGUUAUUGCUAUAUUUAAAUUUAUUUGUUUAUUGGUUAAUGUUUGAUUUAGUAAUUUAUUUUUAAAUCCCCUUUUUUCUGAUUUAAAAAAAACACACACACAAGGUAAAGAUUAUUUAACAGUUUAUUAAACAUAGAAGGGUGCACAGUUCUUAUGUUUCUUUGUUUGUAUCUUACCUGAGUCCUAGAGUCUCUGGCCAUGGAGUGAACGGUCACAUUCCAUGUGUCACCAAGAUUUAAGUAAAUGUUAAAAUGCAUGUUUUGUUGCGAAUCUUAUUGUUAUUUGGGAUUUCUGUUAAAGUGUUAUCUGAUUGUUUACCUUUUUAUUUUGUUUGGUAGAAGCUACAUGGGUAUAUUUAGAAGUUGUUGGUACUACCCAGUCAGUCGAUAUGUCAUCUGGGCUGAUUUCAGUUCUUCCAUUGUUUUGUAACUUUGCUAGCAGGGCAGAUUUAUUCUUUUUGUAGGCCUGUUUAAGUUCAGUUAUUUUUCCUUUAUUUUAGUUGAGUUUGCAGGAAUUAUGUUGGACUGGACUUUUGUUAUAUCUGGUUUUGUAGAUUUGAUUAACAUUUAUGUUAUUGUUUUGAUGAAAAAAUAAAUCAACUAUUUUAACUGUCCUGCUUGUUCUUGGCUACCACCACGGUAUCUUUGGUCAUAUUUUUUACUAACAAAGAUAAAAUAAUGACAAAGAUUAUCUUUCCCCACUUUGGCCUAAAUAUCUGCCUUUUUUGUUCCCUUGAAAGGCUUUUUCUUUAUAAUAGGGAAAUUAGUUUGGCUAUUAUGCUCAGACAACUUGUAAAAUAGUACAACCAACAUGAUAAAGAAUCGUGACAAAACUGUGAAUCGUGAUAUAUUUUUUUCCAUAUCGCCCACCCCUACUAAUCCAUCACCCCCACAUCUUUACCCUAGUCAGACACCACUACUUCACACAGCUUUCCCACGGGUCCUUGAAAUCCUUGAAAGUUUGUGAAUCUGAAAAAUAAAAUAAAAUAAAUACCCUGGAAAGUUUUUAAAAAUAAACACAUAGACACAGGUUCUUGAAAUUUCUUGAAUAUAUUCCAUAUUCCCUCUGGUCUGCUAAUGUGUUAUUUCACCAACACUUCACUUCACCUAUACAUAGUACCUGCCUUGAUUUACGUUAGUUUAUGUGCAUUUCCACGUUACGUUAUGUGUAAGUUACUUUGUGUUGUAUGUUGCCAUGACAUUCACAUGCACACAAAACUACUACGAUGGUACCUCAACGUUUCAGACACACUGUGAAAUUAAUGUUGAACUGAUUUGCUUGUUAAGAUAAUGUAAACUUAUGAGGCAAGAAAAACUUAAAAACAUAUUCAUAUAUCUUAAAUUUAAAGCUCUUCUCAAUAAAAUCUAUGCAAAAUAGGGUUGCCAACCAUUCAGUAUAAUACGGAAUUGUCCCAUAUUUAAGGCAUCAGAGAAGCGUUCUGUAUGAAAGCUAUACAAAAUGCAGUUUGUCCAGUAUUUGCAGGCAUAUGCCGUAUGGCAAUCUGGACCAUACAAAUAACAAAUUAAUCAUUCUUUUUGCACAAAUCAUUGUUUGAAUUGCGAAC